AGUAACGAUUUGUGUAUGGCGUUUGUAGUUUUAUUAAUGAUUUUAAAAUUCAUUAAAUACACAAAACAUCAUUAAUACGGACUUUUAAAGGGCAUCUAAGAAAGAAAAGGCUUAAAUUAAAUUAUAUUUAUACCGGCAUGAUAAGAUAUUUUUUCAUUGUAUUUGUGAUAUAAACGCAAGGUAUUUUAAUAUUAGUGGGCUAAUAAAGUAGCUAUCUCUGCCAUGACGUCCACCUUGACGUAGAUGUAGCAAGCAAUUAAAUAUACUAUAUAGCGAAAGUGUAGAUGACCACCCCGUGCCGCCUCUACUAGCCAAAUAAGCCAAACAUUCGUAUUUCGUGGCGAGGCGGAUCGCAAGUCUGGAGUAGGCUUAGCAGUCUUAAUACUCUAUAGACCCUAUGAUAGUAAUUAGUAUCUGAAAUAAUAAUAAAAACUCAAAUAAUAUAACAUUUUGCGCACAAAAUAAUUGAUGUAUAUAAUAAUUUAAAUUAGUGUAUUUUCGUAUAAAAUACUAAUUCUAAACUGAGUAAUGAACAUAAUAUACAUUAUGGCAUGCCUAAAUAUAUUUCUAUGUUAAACAUUCUCACAACGUAGUUUAUGUGGUCUCAACAGUGAAAAUAAUUUUUAAAUCGAAUUAAAUUAUUAAUAACAGGAUGAGCGAUACAGACAAGAUAGUUUCAGCUUUUUUCGCAUCUCCGCAAAGUAAUCGAUCUGAAGAGGUUGAAGAUAACGACGAUGACAUUUGUGACGAAUUUUUAAAAAUAAUUGGUGACUACAAUGAAUCUCUUAAAAACAUCAAACUGCCAGAAACAGUUACACAUGUAUACAAUCCUACCAUCUAUGCUAGAGAUACUUUCGAAAUGUAUAUUAGAAAAUAUUGUAGUACAAAAAAGAAGAUCAUGUUCUUUGGUAUGAAUCCUGGUCCAUGGGGAAUGUCACAAACAGGAGUACCCUUUGGAGAAAUAUCCUCAGUCCGUGAUUGGCUUGGUAUUGAAGGAUGUGUUGGAAAACCCUUUGAGGAAAAUUCUGCUCGCCCAGUUACAGGUUUUGGUUGUACUAGGACAGAGGUCAGUGGCAAAAGAUUUUGGGGUCUAUUCAAAAAAUUGUGUGGUUUUCCAGAAGUUUUUUUUGAGACAAGUCUUGUCUAUAACUAUAUUAAUCAACAGUGGAUGAACAGCAAAGGCUGCAAUAUUACACCAGCUGAUUUCAAAAUGUCACAAAUGGAAUCUCUUUACAAUAUUGGAGAUCUUGUAUUUGCAAAUGUAUUGAGACUGUAUGGAGUUGAAACUGUUGUAGCUAUCGGAAGGUUCUGUUUAGUAAGAGCUCAGAAGGCGAUUUCACAAUAUAUUCUGCUUAAAAAUGUUAAGGUUAUCUACUUACCCCACCCUAGCCCAAGAGUUGUAAACAAUAAUGAUUGGGAGGAGAGAGCAAUAUCAUGCUUAAGAAAUAACAACUUAUUACAGUAUUACUGCAAUGAAGAGUUGCCAGUACUCCAACAAAAAACUUAAAUUAAUCUCAAUAUCAAUUACUGUAAUAUGUUAUGCUGCUAAAUAUAUAAGAAAAUUUUUACGACUAAGGAGUAUGUUAAAAUUCUAAUGCAGUAUUAACAUUUGAAUUUUUUUAAAAUUACAAUUAUUAAUUAUUCU